GCCAUGCACACGGUGUUGCUCGCCAUGGCUCGGAGGAAGGUCGUCUUGGCCGCUGCGCUGCUCCUCUGCGCGGCCCUGGAGAGCGGCGCCGCUUUGCACACCAAGGGCGCCCUGCCGCUCGACGCCAUCACGUUCUACAAGGUGAUCCCAAAGCACAAAUUUGUCCUGGUGAAAUUUGACACCCAGUAUCCUUACGGGGAGAAGCAGGAUGAGUUCAAAAUCGUGGCCGAAAGUUCAGAAUCCAGUGAUGACUUUUUGGUGGCCGAGGUGGGAAUCUCAGAUUAUGGCGACAAGCAGAACAUGGAACUGGCGGAGAAGUACAAACUGGAUAAAGAGACGUACCCCGUGUUUUACUUGUUCCAAGAUGGCGACCUGGAGAACCCUUUGCCUUACAAGGGGCAGGUCAAAGCGAGCGCUCUCCAGCGCUGGCUGAAAAGCGAAGGCAUCUACAUGGGGAUGCCGGGAUGCCUGAAGGAAUUCGACACCCUAGCGAGCAAAUUCAUGAGCACCGCCAACCAGCCAGAGCGCCAGGCGCUCCUGGAAGAAAGCCGGGAGCGCCUGGCGAAAGCCAAGGAAACGGAGCGGAAGUCAGCCGAACAGUACAUCAAGAUCAUGGCCAAAAUCCUUGCCCAGGGCGACCAGUUCGCUGACAGCGAGGUUUCCCGGAUCAGCAGGCUCCUUGAGGAGAACAAGAUGAGCGACGGGAAGAAAGAAGAGCUCCAGAAGCGCUUGAAUAUCCUCGCUUCCUUCCAAAAGAAGACAAACGACGAGAAGGAAGAACUCUGACGCCGAACGGGAGAAAAUGGCGCCUAAGCUGUGCAAUCGAAGCGGGUCGAGUCCCAAUCUGGUGCUCCUUUAAAACAAGCAAAAACACCCCACUCUCUUGCAAAGAGGCUGCAGCUUUCCUCCGCUGAGAGAACCGUUCUUCUUUUUGCUCUUUCUUAAAUACUCUGAUGAAGGCAUCCCUUUUUUCGAGGGGAGACACUGUCAUUGCCAACUGAAAUCUCCAGUCCAUCCUAAUAGCACUGCAGUGGAAGAUCCAUGAAUCCUUUAUUUUAAAAAGGCAAUGUUUCUUCCCCCACCCCACCCCCCAAUGAAAGUUUUUUAUUAAUGUUUUUACUCACAGGUGCUGUCCUUAUCAGGCGUGUUUUCAAGAUGGCCGCCCUGCGGACUCGGGCAGCUCAGCCUCUUCUUAAGUGAUGGGACGUUCAAGGUGGCCGUCCUUUGGACACUGGGCGACCUGUCGCCAUUGUUAGAAUUCUCAAGCUCCAAUUUGAGAAGUAUGAGACUUGCCGAAUCCGUAAUGUGGUCCACAACUCGUGUAAUGUCGCCUUCUAGCUGUUUGAGAAUCUAUUUGGGCAGACCCAGGCAACAAAAACAGGUUUCCUGAGUCCUUGGUGGACCGUCAUUGCGUUCAGCUUGGUAUGGCACCACUCAGAAUGGCCACCUGAGGAAUAUUGAUCAGUGCCCUUGGAGGACAGAGGGACAAGAUGGCUGCCCUAUUGCGGUGCAGCCUGUCCUGAGGAAUUUGACUGUCCACACAAUGGUGGGUGAGGGUGGGGUCGUUUUUGCGUGCGUGUUUUUUGGGGGGAGCACAGCUUUGAUUCAAGCCAAACGUUGUUCAAGAGUCUGAGGCGAAUGUGCUGUUCGUCUCUUACUGAUCAGUAUUUGUGGUACGUAAUUUGCUAAUAAAGGUUACUGGGGAAAGACACACAGUAA